AUGACACAAGAUUGUCUCAACAACUUCAAGUUCUACGCCCAGUAUAGCUUAGUUGCGCUGUGCAAUACAGGCGUCAAACCCGGAGCCACCGUUAAAUGCAAGGGUGCUUUUUACUCAACCAGCGGCUCAAUUUGGAACCUCAACGGCCUCGUGGCCUUAGACCACGUCCGUCGAGAGAUUGUCGGUGUAAUCAGAGCCACCACUACCGUGCGCAACGUCAUUGCCGAUGCCGUCAUCAUACCCAAAGACUGUGACCUCGUCCCAGGUUGCAAAGUCCACACAGGUUUCGCAGAUGCAUGGCAGGACGUAGCCAGCACAUUCAAGACCCUGCUGGACGACGCGAGAGAGCGACAGCCAUCGUACCGCGUUACUUUUACGGGAUAUUCACUCGGAGGAUCUACCGCACUCUUGGCGGCAGCUUACCUGCGAGGUCAGGGCUACGACGGAGUCGACGUUUAUACUUUCGGAGCGCCGAGGGUAGGCAACGGCGCUUUCAUCGACUAUGUCAUGAGACAAAAUGGGUCUGAGUACCGGAUUACACACUGGGAUGAUUUGGCUCCUACUUAUGUGCCCUUGUUUUUGGGAUACCGACACAAUUUUCCAGAAUAUUGGCUCUCGCAGGGUCCAUCCACGAGAAUACAUUAUGAGGUUCAGGAUGUACAAGUGUGUAUGGGGCCGGAGCAGAAACAAUGCAAUGAGGCACAGUUCAACCUGGAUAUUGUGGCUCACUUGUUUUACUUCCAAUCUGCUCUGGUGUGCUUCCCAAUUGGCCUUCGUAGGAGGAUGGACACUAGUCCAAAGAUGUUUUUAGAUAAAUCUGUUGACGUUGAUGUGUUGAAAAAGUUGAGGACCUGGCGUCAGAAGGAUCUGCGGCAUUGUGAAUUGGCGGCAAACUACCCCCUUGGAAACUGUCCAAGCCCAUCUUGUACCGUAACGAGCAAGUUAGAUCAAGAUCCGGGGCAAAUCGAAGUAGUCUGGAGAAAUAACCGAGCCAACGGAACCGGGGCAGAUCCCAUCAUCAGCUCCGGAUGGGGGAAGAUAAGGUGA